GUUGAGGCUAGAACAAUACAGAUGGCGUGGAUCAUCCCAGGGCGGCAGGCCACCAGUAGCUGAUGGGACCAGAUGAUUGGCAAAUUGGAGGCCAUGCCAUCUGCCUCGUGUAUGGUGGAUAUUCUUUCUACACGUCCUUCGUCUUCCAUCUUCCUUUUCGUGGAUAAGAUUUGCCAUUACUUCUGAAUCGUGAAAAAACAGGAGAAGAACUGGAGUUUCGAUUCGAAGAAGCCGAAAAUGGAAGUGGGUUUGUCUCUAAAUGCACUGGUUAGGCUUCCCUUAUCAAACUCCUCAAGAACACAUGAAGAUGGGCUGGCUAAGCACUCACUGUUCUCUACUAGAACAUCACAAAAACCUCUUCAGAGGCAAACAGGGCACUCUUUAUUGGUAGUUAAAGCUAAAGGAAAGAAAGGAAUGCAAGCACGUCAGUUUCAAAGGCCUCCAACACCGUCCCUGCCCAAGAUUGAAGAUGAUGGCAAUCCCAAAUUUGUUAUCUUCAUUCGCAUGGCUAAUGUUUAUCUUUGGUACCCAUUAAGUCUUGUAACGGGUGGCACAACUGCUAAAAUCAUGGUUGCUGCGAAAGAUAAUUUUCUGGGAAAAUAUAUCUACAAAGACACACUCGCUAGAAAUCUUGCAGCAGUUAUUUACAGAGAUGAGAAGGAGAUACAGAAGACAGCAUUUAAACAAUAUCGUGUAUUGCAGUCAGCGACUGAGUUCAGAUAUGGUUACAAACUUGUUGAAAACGGUAAUGUGAGGGCUGCCCUUUCUACCACAGAUGUGAUUGAGCUUCCAACACAAGACCAACUCAAAACAGUAGUUGAUAAAGUGAAAGACUUCUUUGGCGAUGCAAAAGACUCUUUUGGAAAGCUUACUGCUCUAAAUUCAACUGCAACUGAGGAAGCAGAGGAAGUUCCCAAAGAAAAGGCCAAAGUUAAAGGCAGAAGGUGAAGGGGCCUUACGCUUGACAAUGUCAAAGGAGAUUGCUUCUGUGAAAUGAAGCUUCACAGUGCGUACAAAGUCAGACAGUGAGGCAGCAUGAGCCACAAAUAUACUGCAUGGUUUGGUUUAUAGAUUUUCUAUCUUCAAACCAGAAUUUACAUAACCUUUUUCAUAGCCCUUUCUAUGCAUUUAUGAAAUAUGUCAUGCUUGAAUUUGUUUGAAUCAAUAAAUUUUGUUAUGUUUUUUUCCGC